CAAAAACUAUACACACACACACUAAACACAAAAAUGCUAGUAAAUCCAGAAAUGUAUGAAGGAAGUGCUUGUUAUGAUCCAAAUACUCAACUUGAGUCCCUCAUAGAUUAUCAUAAUCAUCUCCAUCAAGAUGAAAACAAUUUGUCACAAUCAAUAAAUCUCCAUCACUUCAACCAACCCCCAAAUUUCACUUCCAUUGAACCACAAACAGAUAAUAAUAAUAAUAAUAGUUAUAAUCAUCUCAUGAUCAACAUGGAAAUGGACCAUCAAAAUCAAAUAAUCCAAGAUCAUCAUCAUCAUCUUAAUUGGACUACAACAACUACUCAUAAUGCACAUGAACAACUUCAAAAUGAAAACAACAACAAUUGUUUACCAAAUAUGUCUUUAAUAACACCUACAAAUCCAACCCCACCUGAUCUUCUCAAUCUUUUUCAAUUACCAAGAUGUUCAAACUCAUCUAUAUCGUUUUCUAACCCGUCGGCCACCCAUAUCGAACAAGGUCCAUAUGAUCCUUUACUUCCUUUAAAUCUCCCGCCACAACCGCCUUUUUUUAGGGAGUUGCUUCAUUCGUUACCGAAUGGAUACAACUUGACGGAUGGUGGGUCGAUUUUUGGGGAAAUGGAUAUGGAAAGGGAGACACAUCAUGGAUUAAUGUAUCAUGAAUUAGAAGGUGAUCAUAAUCAUGGGAUCUUGAAGUUUAGUAGUGAAGGAAUUGUUGGAAAAGGAAGAGAUGUUAAAGAUACUAAACAUUUUGCUACUGAAAAACAUAGAAGACAACAAUUGAAUGAUAAAUUUGAUGCUUUGAAGAAUUUGGUUCCUAAUCCUACUAAGGCGGAUCGAGCAUCAGUUGUAGGAGAUGCAAUUGACUACAUAAACGAGCUCAAACGAACCGUUGAGGAACUCACGAUUCUUGUGGAAAGGAAGAGAUGCAAUCGAGGAAGGGUGAAAAAGCACAAAACCGAAGAGGAUUCUACACUAGACGUCGAGAGCAUUAGCACUAAGCCGAAUGGUGGUGGUGACCAUGAUCAACAAGGGUAUAAUGGCAAUUCGGCGUCUACAUUGAGGAGUUCUUGGCUUCAAAGGAAAUCGAAGAACACUGAGGUCGAUGUUCGAAUCAUCGAUGAUGAAGUUACUAUUAAAUUAGUCCAACAAAAGAGAAUCAACUGCUUGUUGUUUGUUUCCAAAGUUCUUGAUGAACUUCAGUUGGAUCUUCAUCAUGUUACUGGUGGCCUAAUUGGUGAUUUCUAUAGUUACCUUUUCAACACCAAGCUUGGUGAAGGAUCAUCAGUAUAUGCAAGUGCUAUAGCAAAUAAGCUAAUUGAGGUGGUGGACAGAUACUAUGCAAGUACCCCAACAGUUACUGGCUACUAGGCAGGAGAAUCCAUAAGGUACAACUAACUAUGCAUAAGUGAUAAAGAUGAUCUCCAGGUUCAGAAAAAAGAUAGUAUCAUGGGAGGCAAGAUACUAGAAAUUUGGUUUAGUUUAAUCACUUACAACACAAGGAAGUUAUUCACCAAUUAGCUACUAGAAUAAACGCAUGCAGAUGUAGUUUCGACCAUAACAAGUUGUUUAUUUGGAUAAUAUUUUGGAAUUGCUUUUCAUUUGGUGACAUGUUUA